UAUUCGCAGAAUCAGAAAUAACGAAGCGGAAAUUUGCUUUUAAACUAGCUGUACUGCUACGUGUGGUGUGUUCAGUGCGUGCGGUCACUAAAUUGAUAAUGGUGGGCCUUUUUUGACGUUUCAUAUUUUUACAAACUUCAGUUAUUGGACCCUCAAAUCGUCGCAGAAGUAUGCAAUCAGAUGUUUUGGUUGUUUGAUUAUUUUGUGCCAUAAUUUGUAUAAAAUCAUGAAUACGACAUAGAAUGAAGCGUUUCACAGAAAAAGUGCAUCAUGAGCAGCAAAAAGAAGUGGUGUGGGUGAUGCGCGAUGAAGAUGAUAGGCAAAAAGAGCAACAGCCAGGGAAGCGGAAAUCAAAUGCGGAAGAGGAAGAUGCAACUUUUAAACUACCAAUUGUUUACUCAAAUAGAUAUGGCGUCAAAUUUUGUGGUAUGGAAAAACUGCAUCCGUUCGAUGCCGCUAAAGGGGCACAUGUACUGAAAUUCUUAUUGCAAAACGAAGUAUUGUGGCCGGGCCAAUUUUAUGAACCAGCUGAGAUUACAAAGGCAGAGCUACAAAAAGUGCAUACACGCAAAUACUUACGCGGCUUAAAGUGGAGUUUGAAUGCAGCCAAAAUCUCCGAAAUCCCUUUACUAGUUUUCGUGCCUAAUACAUUUGUGCAACGCGGCUACUUGCGUCCCAUGCGUUUUCAAACUGCUGGAUCUAUAUUAGCUGGUAGCUUGGCCUUGCGCUACGGUUGGGCUAUUAAUUUGGGUGGUGGAUUUCAUCAUUGCUGUGCUUAUAAAGGCGGCGGUUUCUGUCCCUAUGCUGAUAUUACUUUGUUAGUCACAAAAACAUUGGAGGAGGAGCAUGAUGUCGAGACAGCAAUGAUUGUUGACUUGGAUGCACAUCAGGGAAAUGGACACGAACGUGAUUUUUACGAAAAUGACAAAGUUUUCAUAUUGGAUAUGUACAAUGCGGCAAUAUAUCCACGCGAUCACGAAGCGAAAUUGGCUAUACGUUGUGCAGUGGAGCUAAAGCCACGCACUGCGGAUGAGACUUACUUGAAGAAAUUGAAAAGGUCGCUGAAACAUUCUUUGAAUGAGUUUCGUCCCGAUUUAUUGGUAUAUAAUGCUGGCACCGAUGUCCUUAUAGGCGAUCCACUAGGACUACUCUCUAUCACGCCCGAGGGCGUCAUGGAGCGUGAUCAAUUUGUUUUUGCCACUUGUCGUGAGCAACGCAUUCCAAUUGUUAUGCUACUUAGCGGCGGUUAUUUGAAGUCGUCAGCAAAAGUUAUAGCCGAAUCUAUUAUAAACUUGAAAGCUAAGGGUCUGCUUGUCUGCUGAAUGACAUGCUUUUGCGCCAUUUAUAGUGAUGAAUAAAUAUGGAUUAGAGGCUUAGUAUUAAUGAAGCCAAAGUUUUUCAACAUUUGCAACUUGUGCAUUAGCGUCGAAAGCUCGAUAAACUGCAAAUCUAUUAUACUACUUCAAUGGCAUAUUACGAAGUAAAAUAGAUAUGGAUAAAAUUCAUUAAGUGUUCCUGCAGAUUAGUGUAUUUACAAAAUUUGCUUAGAUGUGCUGUAUCCAUAUUUUUAAUAUAAUAUUUAUCGAUAUACACAACGCUGUAACUGAUUGUAACUAAAUUUUGUGAUGUAAUAUUAGAAAUGCAACUUUACAUUCCAUUAAUAAAAUGAAAU